UACUGUCUCUGGUUUUAGUGAGUUUUGCUCUUUCUGUCUAUCUCUCUAUCUCUUUCCCCUCUCUCUAUUUCUGUUUAGCGUCUCUAUAUCCUACCUUUUAAGGUCUUUCACUUUGUGCACUCCCCAAGAAGAAGCCUAUAACUCUUGACCCGGCUUGCGUUUUUCCUCGGCUCAAGUAAUGUCAUCCUACCCUGGAGCACAGUCCCAGUCUUACACUGACUGGUUGAGAGGCUGGAAGCAAUGGGCUAAGACCAGAAAGAGAGGCCGUAUGGCACAGUUCAUCAUAGAGAAGCUUGAAGAAGGAAAACAAGCUAAAUGGCUGAGUAUCAACAAAGGAUUGUUUGAGCUGACCGAAUGGCACAUGAUAGCAAAGGAGUGGUUUGGAGAGAAACCAAGAAACUCUGAAGAAGUGGAUGCUCCUUGCAUGCUUCGUAAAGGACUCCCCCGAGCUUUUCCAGGACUGGAGGAGGUGAAGGAGAAGAGCAGAAAGGAAGGAACUCAGUAUAGAUCAAGGGUCUUUCAGGCAUCCCCUAUGCUAAUGCAAGAGGUAUUUCUUCACAUUAAUUCUCACGGAGCUAGCUAUUAUCCACAGCAAGGUCACACUGGAGAAGAGUACAGUACUGUCCCAGGGUUUACUUACACAUCAGCUGUUGAAGGAUACAGUACCAGUGCUGCUGCUGCUUAUUAUCAAAUGGUCCCUCAGAUUAAAUCAGAAUAUCCAACUGUCUCUCACAAUCAUGUGCCUGGGCCUGAGCUCCCUGGUGGGAUCCAGUUAGGCAAUGGGGAAUCCACUUACCUUCAUCAGACACAAUCAUACACUAAUAAUGACAUUGAUACUCUAGCUGAGGUCAUUGCCUCAGGAGACAGUAUGGAGACUACUGGAGGAGCUGCUCCCUCAUAUCAAAUUGGACUCUCUAAUGGCUGGGGUGGCUACUCAAGUUCUCCUGGCCCUGCAUCAACCAAUGUUUUGUCUCAGCAUCAAAUUCCAAACAGUCCACCGGUGUACAGUGCUGGGGGAGCAACCUUUAUUGGCUCACCUAGUCAGAAUCUCUACCAUUCUCCUCACUCUGCUCACUCCCCUCGGAUCAGCCCAGAGCCCACUCACAGCCUCUCCACCUCUUCCUAUCCUCCCUCUGUCGUUGAUUUACAGUCAACCGCUAGUACAGUCGGAGUCCCUGGUACUAUUAUCAAUAAUGGACCUGUGGAACUGAGCCCUCCUACAACAGUUCAAUCACCAAUUGUGACUGAUGAAGUCAUGGAAGUCAAGGCUGUCCCCAACUCCAGCUCGAUGGAGGGUGGUGGAUACAUGGCACUUAUAUUUUACCAGCCUCUCCCCCGUGGGCAAAAGACAGUGUAUUUCAUAUCCACAACCCAGACUCCUUACUACCAGUUGGAGCAGGCUGUUGAUGAGAAUACAUUCACACUCUCCUGCCAGAUACCAAAGUAUCCAUAUGCUGAAGAGGUAGAACUGAGAGUCUAUUGUGACCAGCAGCACAUUGCAUCAACUACCUUCAGGUUUUAUCAGAACUUCUCAUCCUCGCCUGAGGUUCUCCUUCAGUUGCUCAACUCCCAGCUCCAGUCCCAGUUUCAUAUGGGGUCUGGCACUCAUGGAGGAGUUGGUGCUGCUACUGGCGGUGCAUCAGGACAAGCUACCUACAAUGGAGGUUAUGUUCCUUCCUCUAUGUACCAGUUGUUGCUAGGUGCUUGUAGACUAGGCUGUGAGCCACUGGUGUAUUCUCUCCUGUGUUCUCCUAUUAUGGAGAAUAUCACUGGAGAGCAGCUCAAAGAGGCCGAGGAGUGUGCUACAUCAAACGGUCACAUGAAACUUGCCGAUCAUCUAAAUGAGCUCUACAUACUCCAUGAUAUGACCCCGUCCCCAACACUGCUGUGUAGGUGUGAAGGACGGGAGACACACGUCCCAGCUUGGUACGAUGAGAUUGACCAGUUGGAUCAAGGAGGUGACACUCCUCAAGAGCGAGCUGAGACUGUCAUGAAUCAAAUAAUGGCUGCCAUCACAAAAGCUAAAGACCAACCAAAGGAGGACGAUAAUAAGAAUGAGGAGGUGAUUGAUGAUAUCACUCCUACCGUUGAAGCAAUGGCCACACUCUCAGUCAACGAGCCACUGGGCAGCCCAACAGAGAAAAGCCCAAAGAGAAGACUCUCCUCAACUUCACGUCUCAUAAGACAAACCAACUCUAUUUCUGAAGACGAUAAUGACAAGAGGGCCGAGGAUAGUUCUCCUCCUGCAUCAACUGAUCCUCUUAGUCCCACUCGACGUGAAAGUGCCGAUCAAAUCAGUGACCUUCCGGUCCAGCACAGCUUCAAGAAACUUCCUCUUACUCAAAUGAGUGAUGCUGACUCUGCCAUUGGACUGUCUUUUGAUGAGGAGUCUUUGGAUACGCGUCGUCGAAGUUCACUGCAAAAUGAGUUUGGGUCUAGCGUUGAUGUUCAAGGUUACAAGUUGUCUCCAACAGUAGGAAUGGAAGUUGCUAAUGCCCUGGAUUGGGAGUCUGUCUUCCUCGUUAAUAGCGACUUCUCUUCCGGAGAUAAGAAAAUAUUUCACAAGGGAGACCAGAUUGUUCAGAUUGGGGAUCAUUCGACUCGUGAAAUGUCUGCAAAGGAUUUUGGGGAGAUACUCCAAACUGAAGCCACGAAUGGAACCACACUGUACUUCAUAUCAGGGAGCAGCACCGAGAGAUCCUUUCCAGAGCGUUUAUUGCAUCGGACCCCAAGUGAUCAGUCUCUUCUUGCCAGCUCAACAAGAGUGAGUCAAUUGCUCAAUACAAAAGCAUCAAACCAAAGGACAGUUGUAGUAUCAUCUCCUAGCAUCAUUAAUGUCAUUGGUGGUAAGACUGUCGGCAUGUUUGUUAACGAUGUCAGAGGCCUGUCCCAGAUAUCCCAGGGAGAUCAGAUACUCUACAUUAACGGUCGAAGUGUUUAUGGCCUGUCCCUGUAUGACGUGAAUCAAAUCCUCUCUAAGAUUUCGGGCAGUUUCGAGUUGAUAGUUGCCGAGAAUAAAGGAAAAUUCUCAAGCAUACGGGACCAGGUGGAGCUGGACUCGUUCUACGUGAGGAGUCUCAUUGACCACACCCCUGCCAAUAGUCGGGAGAUGACGCUAAAGAAAGGAAUGCUAUUACGUGUUGUAAACACGUUCUCGUACCAAAACUACUGGCUGGCGUGGAAUGUGGACGAGGCCAGUGGAGCUGAGACCAGCUUAAAGAAAAUACCAGCACCACAAAAUACUCAGAAGCAGGCUGGCCCUUCCUCCCUGUAUGAGAGGGUCCAUUACUCCAAGAGUACUUCCCCUAGGCCAGUCUUUGUCAUUGGAGCUAAGAGUGAUGCCAUAGUGAGCUCAAUGUGUAGCAAGUCAAGCCAGCUUAAGCAAUGCCACACGACUGAAGACAUAUUAAGGACCUACUCUGAGGGUACCCAUAGCCCAAUUGCCAGUGUCCUUGAUGUCAGUAUGAUCCAGCUACUCUCGGGCCUUCAGCCUAUUGUACUACAGGUCUCCUAUGAAGGAUCACCUGUCACUGAACAGGUCGAUAUAUCGUCCAGAAUAAACAUUGAUGCCAUUAUCAGUGAGUCUUCAAGUGACAGAGAGGCUUUACAAGCCGUUCAUCGUAUCCAGUCACAACCUGUUUGGAGACCAGCCGGACUCAUUCAUUAAUAAUUAAAACCUCCUCCUUGUUAAUUAGUUAAUUGUAAUUAUUAACUGUAGACUCAGUAUCUCCUCUAGCAGUUCUCAGUCAUUAUUGUUUCAUUAACUCUCCCCCUCCAACAGUAACAGCACUAUUAUUUAACUUUAUGGGAAAGAGCAGGAGCUCACAAUUCUAGUCGAGACAGAUUCCAAACUUCUCUUUCUCUCUUGAUCUCUCUUCUUUUUUGCCAAGUGUAUUAUUAUUAUUAUUAUUAUUAUUAUUGUUUACUUUUAUUUUUGUACAAAAACUCACCUAUUUCAAUACACACCUUGAUUUGUAUAUUUUAUUUCAUUUUUGUCCGCUUAGUGCCCUUUUUGUCAACUGUUCUGCUUGUGUUCAAAAAUUA